UGUGGGAGCAAAGGCUCUGAUAGUGACCUUAUGAAGAACAUCUUUGCCAUCAAGGACAAGGAAAUUGGUAGCUUUACCUUGACUGAAGAAAUAGUAGCCUGGUUAGGUGUAUAAUAGGGAGGAUUUGUUAAAAUAGUUAACUGAAAUAUUACAGCAGGGGUGUCUGGUCAGGUCUACAAGAGUAAAGGGGACUCACUUGAGCACCAUAAAAAAAAUUGGCAAAGUGACUGUUGAGUGCUCGCACUGUAUGGUAGACAAAGGUCGUCUGAAUUCUGUUCCCAUUAGGCUCUCCCUUAGCUCUGUUGCACAUGGUCUUGGCGACAGUAUCAGAUUCUGAAAAGAGAAAAGACUUAUAAAUGUGCUCGGGAAGGGUUCCGUUCCAGGUCUGUACAUGGAGAUGGGCAUAGUUACUUAUGCCACGUACGGCCUGUUGUACCCCAGCCAGUGGCAUGCAGGAGGUAUAAGGCCCCUUUUGUCUUACACGUGUGGGCGAGACAAGUCUCAAAUAGGUGGGAGAUGUUAUGUGGAACAUGAAGAAUUGCACACUCAUAGCCAGUUUCAUUAAAGUAAUUCUCAUAUGACCCUGCAGUAGAGUUAAAAGACUUCAGCAAACAUGUGGCAGGAGGGUUAACCCAGUGUUGGAAAGUGAUAUUUCUCUUCGGAGGGUCGGCUGUAGGAGGUCUGAUGAAUAGGUUGGGAUUGGGGACUGAGGACAGGGCAAGUAAGUUAUCUACCAAUAGAGAAGAGUAACAUACUACUGACUCUGGGGUGAAGAGCAUUCUGUGGGCCUGUAUAAAUAAGUUUUUUGUGAAUUGAGGAGUUUCCCCUAUCAGGCUUCCCUUUUCUCAAGUUGGCCUGUCCUGCAAAAAGGGAUGGUGUUCCCAGGCUUCCUUCAAACAUUUACCAUAAUAACGGGGUUGAUCAUUUUUAUCCUCACUAGGCUUGCGUCUGCAGGUAAAAUCAAAAAGACAGGUUCAGUAACGACAAGGUAACUCUCACUGAUUUCUUCUGUCUAGAUAGACCAAACGUUUCUAAUGUAAGAGUCCAUUGCAAUUAUCAGUCUUCAUCACGUUCCAAAUGCCGAAGACGUCAGGUCCGGUGCACUGGACUACAUCUCCUCGGCAUAGGUGGUGGAUAAUCUCAGAUCAUUCCAGAUUGCAUCGAUGCUUAGUGGCUUUCCCCAUCGUGGUGUCGUACAUGAUCAAAUAGAGUAUUUGAAGAUGUGAAGACAAAAGUUUCAAAAUCAACAGGUGGAGGGCUGAGGCCCGGAAUAUCGACUGUCCUGGUCCUCGGAUGCUGCCUGACCUGCUGUGCUUUUCCAGCGCCGCACUUUUUGAUUCUAACUCUCCUUUGACGUCAAUGUCUGACAGUCACUCAUUCCAUCGGGACACCAACAAGCUUACACUGUGGUUGUGUGAGAAGGAGCAAAGCUUUUUGUUUCCUGUUUGAGUACGUUUUCAGCAUCAGUGGGACUGGAUGAGAGACCCUAAUGUUGCAGCGCACUGAGUGUGGAGCCUGAAACAAUUAUACGGCCUGGAAAGAGGAACUGACGGCAGAGAGGGGCUGUACACGCAUUUGUGUGCGGCUGAAGCUUCAGCCAUGGAGAAGCCCGAGGAAUCCCGUCCUCUGGAGAAACCGUGGAAGUGUGGCGACUGCGGGAAAGGCUUCUGUGCCCCAUCUGUCCUGGAGAUACAUCGGCGCAGUCACACCGGGGAGAGGCCGUUCCCCUGCCCCGAGUGUGGGAAGGGCUGUUACCAGGCCUCCGCCCUGCUGACCCACCGACGGAUCCACACGGGAGAGAGGCCCUUCAGCUGCCCCGAGUGCGGGAAGGCCUUCCACCAUUCCUCCUCCCUGCUGACGCAUCAGCGGGUCCACACUGGAGAGAGGCCGUACACCUGCUCAGAGUGUGGGAAGAGGUUCAGUCAGGUGAGCCACUUACGAAAACACGAGCAGCUCCACUCCGGGGAGAGGCCCUUCGGCUGCCCCGAGUGCAGAAAGGCCUUCCGCGAUUCAUCUGCCCUGCUGAGGCACCAGCGGGUCCACACGGGGGAGAGACCCUUCAGCUGCCCUGAGUGUGGGAAGGCCUUCCGUGAUUCCUCCUCCCUGCUGAGGCAUCGGCGGGUCCACACGGGGGAGAGGCCGUACACCUGCUUCGAGUGUGGGAAGAGGUUCAGUCGGGUGAUCCACCUGCGAAAACACGAGCAGCUCCAUCCCGGGGUGAGGCCCUUCAGUUGCCCCGAGUGUGGGAAGGCCUUCCGCGAUUCCUCUACCCUGCUGAGGCACCAACGGGUCCACACAGGGGAGAGGCCCUUCAGCUGCCCCGAGUGCGGGAAGGGCUGCACCCAGGCCUCGGACCUGCUGAAGCACCGGCUGGUCCAUACGGGGGCGAGGCCCUUCAGCUGCCCUGAGUGCGGGAAGGCCUUUCGCCAUUCCUCUGCCCUGCUGAGGCACCAGCGGGUCCACACGGGGGAGAGGCCCUUCAGCUGCCCCAAGUGCAUGAAGGCCUUCAGCGAUUCCUCCUCCCUGUUCAGGCACCAGCGGGUCCACACGAAGGAGAGGCCCUUCAGCUGCCCCAAGUGUGGGAAGGCCUUCAGCGAUUCCUCCUCCCUGCUGACACAUCAGCGGGUCCACACGGGGGAGAGGCCAUUCUCCUGCUCAGAGUGUGGGAGGGGGUUCAGUCAGGUGAGCCACCUGCGAAAACACGAGCAGCUCCACUCUGGGGGGGGUUCUUCAGGUGUCCCGAGUGCGGGAAGGGGUUCACUUGCUCGGUGAAGCAGCUGACCCACUGGUCGGUUCACACGGGGAGCUAUUCGCCAGAUUUCAGUUUGAGAAAGGCUUCACACGCUGCUCCCACCUGUAGAGGUACCAGUUCACAUAGGGUCAAGUGUUGUGCAGGUUAGGGUGGAUUGGCCAUGCUAAAUUACCCAUAGUGCACAGGAAUGUGCAGGUUAGGUGUAUUAG